AUGGAAAGUCUUGGAGGUAUAGGGUUCAGUAAUACGAACAGUGCAACAACAAGGAAAAAAAGAAGCACCACAUUGCGCCGACCUUGGAACGAACGACAGUUGCAGGAUGCUUUGUCGUUGCCAUCCACACCAAUCUCUGACAAUAAUGAGAAUAAGAUCGAAGAUAGGGAAGCAGUAGAGUCAGAUGAAGGAUCAACGAAUGGCUCGUUUCAAGGAAGUAAUCAAGUGAGGCAAGGUGGUGGCCAUAGCACUGCAUCCACUGAAGGGUUUCUUGUCCCAACUAAUAAGAAAGACUCAACAGAACGCCGAGCUGACUUUGAUGAGAAUACCAUUGUCAAGAAGGUUAAACUCAAACUCGGUGGCUCGUCAAAAACUGCAAACGCAAUGUCUGCGUCCGAAGGUGCUUCUGAAAUUGCGUUGUGCUCGACAAAGUCUUCACAUGCUUCAAAUGAUGCCUCAGGUUUUACGCACAUUAACCAGGAGAUUUCGAACGAGAGAUCCACUAAACUAAGAGGGAUACCGUUGGACACUGCAAGCAAAGCGGAGUCAUGUAAUGAUACCCGAGAUAGCAAAACAAACACUCAUCCGAUUCGUAAAAGCAACCGGAUUUCUAAACGGCGUGUUCUUGAUGAUGAACUCGAUAAUCUUGAUGACGAUGACGAAGAGAUUCAGUUUCUCAGAAGGGUCAAAAUGGCUAAAGCUGUUUCUGUGGAAGAAGAUGUUGAUGAUGACGAAGAAAAGAGCAGAAAACAUAAAAAGCUUUCCAAGGUAAUGAAACUAAAUGUAGAUUACCCGCGUGGUGUUGGAACACCAGAGAAGCCUGGAAAGAAAGAUAAGACGGUGAAAGCAUUUGACGAUACUGAUUAUGUUAAAGACGACGAAGAUGAGGAAGAAGAAGGUCUGAGUGAGGAGGCAGAGGUUGAGGUGGAAAAUAGGAGCUCGAGAACUAAAAGAAGAGCAGCUGAAGAAGGUCUGAGUGAAGUUAAGACAGAGAUGACUGUGACUACUCGUCGACGUUCUGGACAUAGCGGAAACCUCAUCGAGUUUCCUCGUGGCCUACCUCCAGCUCCACCAAGAAAGCGGAAAGAAAAUGGAUUAGAGGUUGAUCAGCAACUAAAGAAAGCUGAGGCUGCCCAGAGACGUAAACUGCAAGUCGAAAAAGCAGCUAGAGAGUCAGAGGCUGAGGCAAUCAGGAAGAUUUUAGGCCAAGACUCUAGCAGAAAAAAGAAGGAAGAUAAGAUAAAGAAACGCCAAGAAGAGAAGGCUAAGGAGAAGGCUGCAGAUUCGAUUGCCCGUAGAUCAGACACGGUGAAGUGGGUGAUGGGUCCUUCAGGAACCGUCGUAACAUUCCCUGAAGAACUUGGAUUACCGACAAUAUUCAACUCUGGACCUCAAAGCUAUCCUCCACCGCGUGAGAGAUGUGCGGGUCCAGAAUGUACAAACCCAUACAAAUACAGAGAUUCAGAAUCAAAUCUUCCACUGUGUAGCCUACGAUGCUACAAGGCGAUCAAAAGCUAA